AAAAAGUUAAAAGCAGAGAAGACGAGAACUUUUAAGUGGAUAUUGAAAGGAAAGUUGGCAGAUUGAUCUGUGGGCAAAAGACAAAAUUGUUUUUUUUCUGAACUAACUGUGGUACAGUUUGUCCUUUACAUCAGCCUUUAAUGUUUGCUCAAUACUUGGUUAGAACACUGAGAAUCUUAAAUCAACUCAGCAUCUGCUCAGCUGUAGGUAACCCACGAGUGGGGAGCCCCAGAAGGGGAGCUCUGGAAGAGAUUAAAAAAGUCAGAAUGGAUCUGGUUGUUCAGCACCAUUUCUGGCUUUACCUAGAUGUCCUAUGGGUAUGUCAACAUCCACCGGGUACUGCGGGUACCCUGGUGUAGUUUCAGACCCUGUGAGGAGGAAGGUGUCCUCAUCACCCCUUUUGGAAGCUACUGGUGGGAUGUGAGCCCAAAGCUUCCUGCAUGAACACCCUGGUGUAUUAGGCUGUUGCAGAAAGGUGGCCUUUGCGUCCUCCUCUGCUCUUAAAAGCUGAGGGUUUGUUUGGUGCUUUGGAAAUCAAUGCAGACGUGACAACCAUGUCUAGGAACUGUAUCUUGAGUGUGUAAAAAUGCUAAACCCGUAGCCCUGAAAAUGCCAGAGCCUCUGGGAUCUAAAUAUGAGUGCAGUGUUUUUACUUAUCCCUGACUCCAGGAAGAAUUUUCUUACCUUUUUUUUGAGCUUCUUUCAAGGUUCCCAACUCUCCUCAUCCCAUGGCAUAGAAAGCCGAAGGUUCUUAAUGUGUUCUGCAUUGGUGCUGGAGAAAGAGAAACUGCUUUUAAGUCUACUUCUAAGCCUGGUUUAUUUCCAAUGUAGAUUGCUUAAGGCCACAUAAAACCAGAUACUACUCCUUGUUUAAGCCACCUAAAAGUUUUCCAGGUCACUUGGCUGCUAUUUUUUGCCUAUUAGUAACCUCCUUCUCCUCUGUGGUUUUAAAGUAAAGAAUAGCUUGAUUUUUCUUUUCAGUUGAGAUCAUGCCAAAUGGUCAUUUGAUGUGAGUGGGCAACCUGUAUCUUAUUCUCUGAAUUAUACCAGGAGAACCCAUGGAGAGAUACAGUAUUAAUGAUACGUGGUAUACCAUAAAAAGAGGAUGCAAGUAUUAGUGGCAGGUAGUUAUUAGUGUGUCAGAAACUUCCAACUUAACUACCAUACUGCUAUUAUUUUUUAGUAGCAAGCCCUUAAAAAUAUCCAGAUCUUUCAGGAUGACUUCUAAUAGUAGUACUACAAGAAUUUAAUAGCAAAAAUCUAGAGAGCAAAUAUUUGCCUUUUGGGCUUUUAUGGAUUUAACUCAAUUGGCCUUCAACUGGUCACGCCACAACCUGCCACCCACAGUCUCCGAUGGAAGAAAUCUGCAUUUAGUAACAUAAAUACUGGCUGUUUUAUCUCACACCCAUGUCAAGGUGAGCCUGUUGUAUAAAGACUCAUUUCCUUUAGCACCAGUGUUUGUGUCGAGAGCUGCGAGAAUGAAGUUCCUGGUCCUGCUUUUCCUGCUGUCAGUGGGCGCAGCCAGCGCCGAGGUCUCGCCCCGGGCCGUGUGGCUGUUCCGCGAAAUGAUCAAGUGCACCCUGCCCGAAAGCCACCCACUGCUGGAAUUCAACCACUACGGCUGCUACUGUGGCCUGGGGGGCAGCGGCACUCCAGUGGACGAGCUUGACAGGUGCUGCCAAGCACAUGAUAACUGCUACACACAGGCAAAGAAAAUGGAAUCCUGCAAAUUCCUCCUGGACAACCCCUACACUAAGCUGUACCACUUCAGCUGCUCUGAUAAGCAGAUCACGUGUAGCAGUGAGAACAACGAGUGCGCCACGUUCAUAUGCAACUGCGACCGGACCGCUGCCAUGUGCUUCGCCAAGGCGCCCUACAACCCCGAGCACAAGCACCUAGACACCGACAAAUACUGCAAAUAAUCGCCUUCAUGUGCCUCAGGGCGGCCGCAGGACCAAAUAAACAAAUAAAUAACCUAAA